CGCCGUCAGUUUGCGUCUGCCUAGGGUCGCGACGUCCUCGCUUCCACGUAGCACUGGAGAUCGCGCCAUUCCGUUUCGUGUACGCGAUCGAACACUGGACGGCCGACGACGUCACCGUCGACGACGUCUCGACGAGGGACGCCAACAAUCGUAACGUUCCGAUCGCGAUCGAUCGAGCGAUAGAUCAGAGCCACGUGACUGAUCGCCAAACAUCUUUUCCGCUUUCCGCGACGAUCGGUUGGUCCGGGGGAAGUUUGAAGGAAUCCUCGGGUGUUCCGGGGUGAUCUGAGAAUUCUUAGAAUUCUCCUAGGAUCCUUGAGAGUCCUUGGAGAAGUUUGCGAGAUAAGUCGGGACUUUGCUAACACUCCGAAAGCAACUCGAAGCGUCUGAGAUAUCUCGCGAAAGUUUAAGGAGACAUAAGAAAGCUUGCAGAUUUUUGGAUAAGUUUACGAGAUGGCGAAUUAGUUUGUAAAAAGCUUGAAAGUCGCAAGUUUUUAAGGAAGUAGAGCUCGAAAUUUUGAGACGUGUGGAGCAGUUAGAAAGUGUUCGAGAUAUUAUCGAGAGUCACUGAAAACUCUGACAAGUUUGCAAGAAUCUCCGGACAUCUCCCACCGAGGAACAGAAAUUCUUUAGCGAUCUACGAAAAUUUUUAUAAAAGAUCUAACACGAUUUCAGUUUCAGCUUUUGAGACUCGUGUUCCAAGGUUACCGAAUAACUUUUUCCGUCGCGUAGAUUUUUGGUCACGUGGCCGCAGAGUUGCAAAACUUACGAGAUUCUAUCCUGAAAGUGUACAUUGCGUUUUAUAAUCAAGGAAGGACUUUCUCGAUUCAUCGCUAUUUUAUAAGAUUUCAAGGAAGACAGUCCAAUCAAAAUAAAAUUGAUGAAAAAUGAAAUUAAUAAAGAAUUAAUCCAUCUGGCAAAGUCUUGUCACAUUAUACGAUUUAUCAAUCUAUUAUUGAAGACUUUCUAUGAGAUAUUCAUCGUAAAUUCUCAGUUCACGAGUGUUUCUCUAGGACUCUAAAUCUUUACCGGAGGAUAUUUUCACUCUGCGGUUCGAGGACCUUAAAGUGAAAAGGCUUGACGUUUAAAAGGCUUCCGGUUAUAUCCUGCCCCGUCAUAAUUUCGAAGAGUUCUGUUUGAACAGUCCUGAAUACAGUAAGAACGACAUAAGUGGAAUUAUCGAAGACCAAUAAGGUCUUGAAAUUGAUCGAUCUGCGACCGAUAUUUUUGAAGAAUCGGUGAAUUCAAUUCAGCGACUCGUGGAGACAGAAGGUAGAUGGAUCUAUUUUGAUAUCUGACAGAGAACUGUUCUCUCCACUACAGAAAUUUCGCAUCGAGGUGGGGAUCGAUCUCCUGACUGAGUGCGUGGAUCGUGCAUGUCCGAAGUCAGCGAUUCACAAAUUACGGCGAUGAAGAUGAGCAAAGUGGGCAACCAAACUAAUUCGCAGGACCCACAGGCGGUGAAUUCACGCGUUUUCGUCGGAAACCUGAAUACAUUUCAAUGUAGCAAGACUGACGUGGAACGAAUGUUCCAACGCUAUGGUCGCCUGGCUGGUAUCUCUAUGCACAAGGGUUAUGCAUUCGUGCAAUUCACAAAUCCGUUUGACGCACGUAGUGCGUGCCUCGGUGAAGAUGGUCGCACCGUCCUCAGCCAGAUUCUCGAUGUGAAUAUGGUAGCUGAGCCAAAGCCUCACCAAACUGGACGCAAGCGACAGAACGUCUCCAAAACUGGCAACGACUGGGACUACUACUAUGACAGUUAUUAUGCGUCGACCGCGUUUCCGCCGCGCUUAGCACCGCCGUUGAAACGGCCGCGUUUGAUGCCACCGACACGAGCACAGCAUCCGAAGCUACAGAAACAACAAUCAACAGCAAACACCGGCACGAUACCCGACUUGAAUCAACUUAAAGUGUAUAGCAAUCCAGAUAUACUGAUCUGCGGCAACUGCAGGGAGAUGUUCACGGAACUCGGGGAGCUGUUGGAACACAAGCGGAACUACUGCAAGCUGCGGUUCACAUGUAAAUGUCACACCUUCAACGGAGCCGCCCCAAGAGACUCGACGACGGCGUUGCUCUGCGUCCUCUGCAAGUUAUCCUUUCCAAGUGCUUGGGAAUUGAUGGUCCAUGCCCAGGCAGCUCACAUGAUCAACAUUUACGAGUUGGGUACAAGAGCGCCGAGUCCGUCACGGAGCCCUAGCCUUGACCAGCCGAAGGAGUCGUCGCCUUCCCCACAGGAUUUCCAGGAAAUCAAGGCUACGGAUUGCGAAGAGCGCGCAGAGGAGGAGGAACUUGAUGGACAUGAGUUAAUACCGUCCCCCGACAGUGGCAAGUCAACGGACAACGAAGCGGCUCUGUCGCCGAUCAAGAUUCGAUCUGACGUUAACGGGUUGGAUCACGAAGACUGCGACGAAUUGAUCCACGUCGAGAACACUACGCAGGCAUGCAUCAUGCAUACUCUCAGCAUUGAUUCGUCCUUGGAACUAAAUUCUGACACGAAUUCGAGAACAACUUCUGGAACGGUGAUGGCCUUGACCAAUGGUUCAUUAUCGGCAAAGGAAUAAAUGAGGAAAAAGAAAAAAAAAAGGAAACAAAA